AUGAGAAGGAAACUUUUAUCCUCAUGGAGUGCUUCCAUCAUGAACAGCAGCACUAAAAAUUCAUUAAAUUGCACCAACAACCUCUUCUCAACGUUCCUUAAAAAUGAGUGCACUGCUUCUCGGGGGAACAACACAUUCAUUCGUUCUUCGGCAGGCACUGGCUGUUGUUGUUGCCGAAGGUACUCGCGAAAGAAGGUUUUAAGCUCCGACGUCGAUGUUUCUGUACAUACCAAGAGCUACAUUUCGGAAAUAGUUGUGGAACAACAUGGAGCAAAAUUCAAUCGGAAAAACAAACAAGAGAAGCUGGUUCAAAGCUCGCAAGAACUUGUUCGUGCGCUUGAUAUUGAUACUCAAUUGAAAAAACUGUAUUGUAACGACGUGUUACCUUUUGAAGCAAUAACCAUGCUGCAUCAUCUUAGUGAAGAAGUCAAACAACAACUUGUUCUUACAAGCAUUACUGAGCCAACCGCUAAACUCUCCGAGAAGCUUGUUCUUUCUGACCAUCCAUUAACUUUGGUUGCAACGUUCAAGAAAUUAGCCUUGUUUUGGAUUUUGUCUAGAUCCAGUUUUUGCAUUGCUACCAAGAAGGACUUUCAAUUUUUGAUGACAACACCUACAACAAGCUCAGAAUGUGACAAAGCUUCCCAGUGGUCUUAUUUUGAUGAUAUUAUCACAAUUGAAGAAACUAUACAUGCUUGGUACGAAAUGAUUGCGUUUGAAAUGGAGAAGAGGGGAUCUUUGAGAGCCCGUAUUGUCGAGGGAUUGAACAAAAUAAUUGCUUCCCAGUUUUCAGAGAAGGCUGAGCGCAACGAUGAUACCAAGAAGCAACAUCCAUAUGUAACACACUUAAAAUCCAUUGAUGGCUAUGAUCGAUUUUGGGAGCGCUUUAACCCUUCUGUUCAACCUCAUGUUUGGAUGGAACAGGUACUUUCUGGCGAACUGUCUCUUAAAAGUUUUCUGAAAGAAAUGGAUAAGGGUUAUUUACACGAAAUGUGUCGAUUUUUUGGUAUCACGAUAGCAUUGAAAGAUGGAUCCCAGGGAGAGAGAAUUCGAGUGAUUUCUGAAUUCUUGCAAAAGGUGAUCUCGAUUAAUCGAAGUGACCUUUCAUAUAAGGAACAAGAAGAGCAAGCAAGAGAUGAAAUGAUCAAUCACGGGGUGUUCUGGACCUUGUUAAAACCAGUGGAAAAUUUACAUGUGAAAGAAAAUGUUUCCAAGCUGAAGGAACGCCAUCCCAAGGUCUUUCGCUUACUAUUCGUCAUGUACAAACAUAGGGACAUGAAAGACCAUACGAUUUACAAGUCACUCUUGAAAACAAAGAACAGCGAAAAAUUUGAUGAACUUCUCAAAAAGGCAGAACAAUUGUCGAGCCAAAAUAUGGAAGUCGAGCAAGAUGUAUUUGCGUUGGAAUUCGCAAAUAACUCAGAGAAGGUGCUGAAGCAAGUACUGACAUGUUAUUGUCAAAAUAUGGCAAAAACUUAUGGCCCCAAGGAGCGAGCCGAGAAUGAUUUUGAGAAUAUUGCCGUGCAAGAAGCUUUUUUACGAUUACAACCAUUGGACUUUUGUGGCUUUCCACUCUUGAACUGCUUCAUGAGAAUUACGAAUUGUGGGUCAUUGGCCAUUCUGAUUCGAAGUGAAAGUUCUUAUGUUUGGGAUGAUUCAUUGAAACAAUUAACCAAGCUGGCGAGGGAUCACAUUGUUCCUCAUUGUCUGAGUAAUGAUUUUCGAGUUGGGAAUUGUGCUCUCAUUCGACCCUUGGUGAACAGUCACAAGUCGUGGUAUCCUUCACAAUUCGUAAAAGAAUGCGGCACUCAGAAGGUUAAACAAGACCAAAUUUUGCAACAAUUCAGGAGGGUUUGGCAAAUGAUUAUGGAGGGUGAUAUUAAGCAAGUACCUGGUAUUUUGAAAAAGAAAGAUUCAGAAGCUCUUCGGUAUAUACUCGAUCAAAUCCCUCUCUUUCUGCCCAAUAAAUCUUCAAAUUGA